ACUCUCAGCACUCUCACUCGCCACUCUCACAGCGCAACCGGUCAUCUUGGCAUCCUCCGCGCAACCCAGCGCCGUCCUUCGGGAUCUUACCUUUAUCUCCCUCAUCCUCCCUCUCUAAAACACUCCCAUGCCAAAACUCAAAUCCGCACUCGGCGCACACCAAGCCACGGCCGCCCGGCGCGCCGCGGAAGCCAAGCGCGCAGAAAACAAGGCCAAAAUGGCCAAGGAGGUCAAGCAUAGCGUGGCGGAGAAACGCGCGCUCAAGCGCCAGAGGAGGGAGCGGGACGCGCAGGUCCGCGCCCUCGCUGCGACGGAGGCCGAGGCGCGCGCGCGCCGCGAGGCGGCACAGUUGGCCGCUGAGGUCGGCGUAGCUGGGGACGGCGAGGGUAUGGACGAGGACGAGGAUGAGGAUGAGGGUUUUGGGACGUCCGAGUCCGAGACCAGGGCGAAGAACGACAGAGCCGAAGCCAGCGACCAAGCCGCGCUCGCCGCCAAGGCGCUUGCGCGCGCGACCAUCCCCAUCGCGCCGGACGACACCGUGCUCCUUCUCGGCGAAGCCAACUUCUCCUUUGCGCGCGCGCUCGUCGAAGGGCGGAAACACGCGGGACACCUAGUCUGCGCAACGGCGUACGACACCGAAGCGGAGGCGACGGAGAAGUAUCCCGACGCGGCGGAGAACGUCGCGGCGCUGCGUGCGCGCGGGGUGCGUGUCGCGUUCGGCGUCGACGCCGGCGCGCUCGAGAAAUCGCACAAAGUUUUGGGACGCGGCGCGCGCUGGAGCCGCGUCGUCUUCAACUUUCCGCACGUCGGCAAGGGCAUUACGGACCAAGAUCGCAACGUGCGCGCGAACCAAGUGCUGCUCCUCCGCACACUGAAGAGCGUCGCGCCGCUGCUGACGGUCGGGCCGAGCGCAUUCCCCCUCCCCUCAAAGAAGAAGAAGAAGGGGCCAGCGCCGAAACGGCCGCGUGCGCCCUCUUUCUCGCCUGUUGGCGACGACGAAUACGAAGAUGAAGACGAGGACGGCAUGCGCAGCACCCGCCCGGUGCCAGCGUCGUUUACGCCGCCCGACCGCCAAGGCACACUCCUCAUCACGCUCCUCAACCAGCCGCCGUACUCGGAGUGGGAGCUGCCCAAGCUCGCGAACCGCCCGCCGCCCAUGUGCCCCGGCACGCGCGACGCGCAGCCCCGCUUCCGCGUGCUCCGGAGCUUCGACUUUGUGCCCGCCGCGUGGCCGGGGUACGCGCACCGCCGGACGAUCGGGUGGCGCGAGGGCCUGAGCAAGGCCAACAACGAGGAGAUUACGGGCCGCCAGGGGCGCGCGCGCACGUGGGAGAUGUGUGUCUGGGACGGCGAGUAGUGUAGUAUGUGCGGUGUGUACGUGUAUGAUAUAGGCUGC